AUGAUCACAUUAGUUUAGUACUACCUCGUGUCUAAUAGUGUAUUUCAUCGAUUUCUUGUUACACAAUCCAUCUCUCCUUUAUGCCAGUUAUAGAGCAUAUCACAAGGACUGAUAAGGAACUGAUUUUCAAGAAAAGCAAACAUUACCAGCGACUCGUAUCUCACUCGGACAUCACCUUGUAAGAACAAGGCAUUUGUACGCUCCUGCAUUAAUACGCGAGAAAACAUUUGUUCAUUUGUGAGAAUGAUCUAACCAUAUUCAUGAACUAAGAUAUCAGAGUUAAAAUGUCUAAGCCACCGAAUGAGAAUGUUCCGACAUACAAACUUGUCGUGGUCGGAGAUGGAGGUGUAGGAAAGUCGGCGUUGACGAUUCAAUUCUUUCAAAAAAUGUUUGUGCAAGACUAUGAUCCAACGAUCGAGGACUCUUAUAUUCAGCAUACGGAAAUUGAUGGACAGUGGUGUAUACUCGAUGUGCUUGAUACAGCUGGGCAAGAAGAAUUCAGUGCAAUGCGGGAACAGUACAUGAGAAAGGGGGACGGAUUCCUUCUUGUUUAUUCCGUGACAGAUAAACAAAGCUUUGAAAACAUCAUCAAUUUCCAUACUCAAAUUCUACGGGUUAAAGACAGGGGCACAUAUCCAAUGAUCUUGGUGGGGAACAAAGUCGAUUUGGUGCAUUUACGGAGAGUUUCAGAAGACCAAGGCAGAGACUUGGCUGCCCAACUCACUAUUCCAUAUAUAGAAAGCAGUGCGAAGGACCCACCUUUGAAUGUUGACGCUGCCUUCCAAGAAGUUGUACGGGUUAUAAGAAAUCAACCGAUCGAUAUUCAAAAGAAGAGAAGGCGUAGAGGGCGACGGUCGGGAAAGUGCGCCAUUUUAUAAUGCGGUCAUUGUCACGUCAAUACUCAGUCUACCACACACUCAUUUUCCUGCAAUGUUUCGCCAGUAGAAGUUGUUUACCUCAAAAUACAAUACUGUAAACCCUUUUAUUUUUGCAGCCCUGAAUAUUCUCAAAAAACGACUUUUCCAGAUUUUGUUGCCGUUUAUUUCCAGUAUAUUUACCAAUGAUAAAACCAGUAAGUUAUCCCAAGUUUGGCAAUGGAACCCCCCUGGAGGAAAUCGAGAAAAUAUCAGGUCGCAAAAAUAAAGGGAGUCAAAGUUGUCAUUAAGACGACUGUAAUUCACUCUCAAAGUUGAAGUCGGGGAGUUGUUGAUAAUGAGCAACCUCUGUCUUACCCUUCAGCAGUAUAGACCCCAGCCGUCUUUGUAUAAACCUCGAAAUCACCUAAUUACGUGCUGAAUUUGUGUUUAAGCUUUGUAGAGAAACGCUUCUUUGAUUAAUGGUCUGAUUUUUCCAGAUCCCCGAGAAAUCCACAUUUGGAGUUGAAACGAGUUGACAAUAUCUAGCCGAAAAUACUCAAAAAUAAAAUGUCAGUUAGUUUUAAAUAUAUUCUUUCAGCAAGUUUAUGUCUUCUUUUAGAAUGUACUAGUUGUUGGUGCAACAUUGUGCCAAUCUCAAUAGUUGUUAGCGGUAUAAAAACGCUUUUCAUUGACUGUAUUAGAAUAGAAAUCGACACCUCAAUGCCAGUGUCCUACAUUUUAGCUACACCCUCAUGGUGUUUGGUGAGAUAACCAAUACAGUGAGGAAGUAUCAAUUUCUCCAAAACAUUGCUGUUGGUUCACUUGAUGUUUCCAGAGAGGGAAAUGAAGCAAGUUUGAAAUUAGUAAGCUUUGUACAGGAAAUGUGCUGCUUUAUUUAUAAAAAUGGAUAAGACAAGUUGUUUAAUGGUUCACUUGAUGUAAUGGUUGUAUCAGAAAUAAUAAUGGCUUUAAUUGUUGCUACAGUGGGAACGCCUCUCUUAGCGGACACCUCUCUACAAGCAACACCGCAUUUGGGUCCAAAUAGGUUUUUUCCAUUGUAUGAAAUGUCUAAAAUAGAUUUUACAAUGAAUUGGGGUUGUUUUUGAUCAUCAUAGGUCUGCAUCAUUUUGAUGUGUUUGUAUUUAGAUGAUUAAAUGUAAAUGUUCAGGUGCAUUUAUAAAACUUGCUAUAAUCUGUGUUUGCUGUAUCACCUUUGUAGCAUUCGGGAUGAAAUAUCUCAAGAUGAGAGCAUGUGACCAUCUCUGAUAAGGGACAAACAACUGCUGAUCUUAGUAUACAUACACAGCAAUGAUAGGUAAAUAUCGAUGCAAGUAGCGUGUCAGUAUCUUGUUGUUCAGUGGCAGUGGCGCAACUGCAUUAACGAUAAGAGCAGGAGUUUGACGUAUAUCCAUCAACGUCUGCUUAUAAGUCACGCAAAAACUGUAUGUAGAUAUUGUUUAAAAUUUAUCGUGAUUGGAAAGUGGAAAACAUCUUUUUUAUUAACAAUUUCCAAAAGCAACCAGUCCUCGUCGCAUGCCCUAUCUUUUACUUUUCAUACUUGAAAGUUUUAGGUCCAUUGGUUUGUGCCUGAAGCUAUUAUGUCCAUCUUAUCUGCUCAAAACUGUCUCGCACAACAUAAAAGGGAAGAUUUGAUUUGAUUGGUUUGUUGCAUUUAUUUUGGUGAACCCUGUUUAUUAGAGGAUGUUUGUUCAUAGCUGUUAUAUUGUUCUCUGACAUGUCAAUUUUUAUCUCUUAACUAAAUCUGUAAACUGUAAAACCAAUCAAGCACCAACACAAUUUUUCAGAUUGCAGCACAUUUUCUGUCAUGAAUGCAGGUUAUGCCAGCUUGGAGGUUGAAGUGGUAGCUCCUGACUGGAUUUACAGUACUUGACUGUUGUUUUACGUUUCCAGGUCGAAGUCUAGUCUAGUUUGCGGUGCACAUCUGGCCGAUUCAGUUCUCUGUUAGAACUUUUUCUUCAUUGAAGUGGAGUUUAACUGUUAAGUGAAAAUUAAAAUCAGGUGUUCUUGAUUUUGUACACAAUUUCCCUGGUGGAAUGUGUGGUAAUUGGUACUGGCUUUAAAUUUGGUUCCCAAAAGAUUUUGCCAGGCAAUGUGAUGUAUCACUUGCUGAAGACAAGGUCAAAUUUCUUGUUUUUUGCAUUGGACAUGUUGGAGGUGUUACUUUAUUGGCCAAAUUGUGUACGGAUUACAAAAGGCUCCAGGUACUAUUUUACGAGUCCAGGGGGAGUUAGAAAUAGUGCAUGCUUAUUGUUAGUGUAUAGAAAUUCUACGGCUUUGAUGUUCAGACCAUGCCAAGUGUUUUACUUCUAAUUUGCUGAGAAAUUUACUGUUUGUUGCUACAUCAAGUGAAUGAAAUGAAGAAUUAAUUGGACUAUCUGGUACUUGAAUUUUUUUAUUCUUGGUAAAAUUUAUGUUCACAUGAGGUGAUAUUGUUAUUGAAUAGAAGGCCUACAUAGAUGCAUAGUCCGAGGUUUGGGAGUUUCGAAAUUUCAAACUUUGCCAGAAAGAUCAGGUCAAGUCAAAGAACAUUGGGCAGGGCUGCCAACCCAUCAGUACUUUCAGUAUAUCUAGUCCUGAAAUUUGUCAAAAUGUGUGAUAUAGUAAUGAAAGCAACAAAAGGUUUUCUUCAACAAUCCAUUAUAUUCGGAACACUGAAGGUGGCACUUGCAAAAAUACUGAAAAAGUAUUGAUAUAGAGGAGUUUCUGGAAACAGUUCCUGAUAGCUUUCAUGAAGGGUUGGCAGCUCAGGUGCAUAGUUGGCUUAUUUUGAUUUAUCAUUAUGAAAUGAUUUGGGCAAGUCUAUUGUAUGUUGGUGGUCUGUAUAUUUUAAAUAAAAUGAAGUAUAUCAAUCAA